UUUUAUAAAAAAUACCUACACAGUCGGUGGCAGCGGUCUAACUAGUGCCGAGCACUAGCCACUAGCUGCUGGCGCCUGGCAGUGACUGAGUAGUGCUGAUCCAUAAAUGUGUUGAAUUUUUUUAUAUGACUAAUAAACACUGAAAAAUAAUACCGUAGUUAUCGUAGCUGUAAGUUUUUUCGAGUGAUUAUUAUUGUUUUGACAAACAGAUAUUAUCGAUACCGGAAACCCGUAUUGAAACCGAGGAGAAGGAACGUCGUUUGACGUUAGGGGUGCCACGCCAGAAGAGUCGGUCGCCAGACGACGAUGGACGUUUUAAUAAACCGCGAUAGUUUCCGUCCGAAACGUUAAGAGACCGCCUGUCUGGGUUGAUUGGUGGUUUUGGUGGUUGUGGUCGUUGUCGGGGUGUGUCGGUGGAUCGACGAUGCAACACAGUAGCGGCGUGAUCGGCAAACCCGACACGGUCAAACCGGCCAAGCACAAUGGUGGCAACAUCGCCGGUAUGUACGACUUGGAGCAGACGAUCGGUAAAGGACACUUUGCCGUCGUCAAGAUGGCCAGGCAUGUGUUCACUGGUGAGCAGGUUGCCGUCAAGGUGAUAGACAAGAAUAAGCUGGAAGAAGUCUCUCGUAAUCAUCUUUACCAAGAGGUUCGAUGUAUGAAAUUAGUGCAACAUCCUAAUGUUGUGAGAUUAUAUGAAGUGAUUGAUACACACAGUAAAUUGUAUCUUAUACUAGAGUUAGCUGAUAGUGGAGAUUUAUAUGAUUACAUUAUGCGACAUGAAGGCGGAUUGUCUGAGCAAUUGGCUUGUGAAUAUUUUGCGCAGAUUGUUCGAGCAAUAUCGUACUGUCACAAAUUGCAUGUUGUACAUAGAGAUUUGAAACCUGAAAAUGUGGUUUUUUUUGAAAAACAAGGGAUUGUUAAACUUACAGAUUUUGGAUUUAGCAAUACAUUUUGUCCUGGUCAAAAAUUAGAAACAUCAUGUGGUUCAUUGGCUUAUUCAGCUCCUGAAAUUUUGAUUGGGAAUUCGUAUAAUGCUACUGCUGUUGAUAUCUGGUCGUUGGGUGUAAUUUUGUUCAUGUUAGUAUGUGGUGAAGCACCAUUUCAUUCAGCUAAUGAUAGUGAAACUUUAACAAUGAUUAUGGACUGUAAAUACAAAGUAUCCAAUCACGUGUCCGAAGAAUGUAAAGCACUUAUAAGUCGUAUGCUUGUGAGGAAUCCUGAGAAACGAGCUACUCUUGAUGAGAUUGCGGCAGAUGUUUGGUUGAAAGAUGUCAAAGUGAUAAGUGAUGACGAAAGUCCAUUGGUAUCUAAACAAUUAAUUAACGAAGACGACCAUGCAUUAAUUAUACAAAAAAUGAUAAGUGGAAAAAUUGCUACAAAAGAACAAAUUGUGGAUGCUCUGGAUAAAAACGAGUAUAAUCAUAUUACAGCUACCUAUUAUUUACUCGCAGAAAGAAAAUUGAAGUAUUCAACACCCAAAAAAUCUCAAGCUAUUAAAAAUGAUAUGAAAGUUCCUCAGUUAAAAGUAGAUGAUACUUCUAAUCAAAACAAUGCUUUGAUGGUAGUCAAUAAUUCAGCACCUAAAUCUGUUAUAUUAGGAUCAUUGCAUUCUGAUCGUCCUAAAAGAACACGAAAGUGUAGUGUUGUAGUUGAAGAAGAAGAUGAAAAGGAAGAUGAGGAAGAAGAUGAUGAUAAUAGUUCAUUAAAUAGAAGAGGCUCUAGGUCAGAAGGAAAAUUGAAUACUAUAGCUUCUGAACUACAAACAAAAAAACUUUUGAUCACCGAAGUUCAUGAAACAAAUCCAGCAUCUGUUUCUAUCACGCCUAACAAAAUCCCACCACCUUUUGUGGCUUCUCACAGUUCACCACAAUUACUUCUUGAAGAUAAGCAAAACAGAACUAGUAACUACAUAACAUAUGAACAAAGGCGAAGCAAAAUGCAUAAAAACCGUACAGCAUCCUGUAGCAGCUCUGAAACCAGUGAUGAUGAUACUGAUGGCCGUAAAAAGCGUGGCAGUAGUAGAUCAUUGGCUUCAUUUAAGGGUAAUGAUAAGGAUCCUGAUAAUGACGGAAUGGGAAAUGCUGGUGGGCAAAGCUCAGAGCCCUCACAAGAACACAAUACUGAUGUUCAAAAAGGAGAUGGGAACAGUGGAAAUAAAACAGAAAAACCAAGUGGUAAUGCUGCUGGCAGACGACGAUGCAUAAGUGCAAAUGCCAGGAGUCGAAGGGGUAGAUCAGCUGAAACUAGAUUAAGAGAGAGUCAAAGUUUAAAUCGUAUUACUGAAGUUCAAGAAUCUGAAGUAAAUAUCCCAAGUUCAACUGCUAACUGCGAUAAUUUUGAAUCAACCAACAAAAACUGUCAGGUAUCUACAGACAAUACCAUUGCUGGUAAAAACUCUGCAACCAUAUCAAAUUUACCUCAAUAUAAAAAACAUCAGACGUCCAAACGUAUCUCAUUGUUUAGUAAGUAUUUGAACUUACAAAAAAAACUGUGUACACAAAUUCUAUUUAGCAAGAAGAAUGCCGAUAACCGUUUAUAUAAGGCAAAAUCGUGUUCAGAAAUGGCUAACUCCAAAAUUGCUAUAAGAGAAGUGAGUGCAGACAGGUGUUGAUCCCUUUUCACACACCACAAUACAAAUGUAUUAUUAUUUAGUUCUGGUGUAUUGUCAAACAAUAAUUUAAUUUAUUACAUAUUUUAUUAUUGAAUUCCUGAGAGAAUAUUAGUUUUAAUUUUAUAUGGCUCCUAUUGAAUAUGUCACUCAUGGCGACAGUGAUUUAAUUUUGACUUUCAACACAAUAAUCCCUAAAAACUAAUCUAUUGUCGACUAAAUAUAUUUUCUUUAAUUAUGAUUAUUAACUUGUUUUAGUUUAGAUAUGUUUUUUUCUUUAAGAA